GCAGCCCCAUAGGCCUAUCAGUCAUCAUAAACGUGCUACAAGAUCCUGUGGUUCCUGUGAUCUGUAGUGUGAUCUGUGAGGAUCAUAAAAGUCAGUACUUACCAAUGGAAGAUAGCCGUUCCGGAAGUACCGUAACGGAAGUAGCAUAAGCGCAUGCGCCAUUUGCCUAGAAACCAGAAAAUAGUAAAAAAGUUCCAGUUAAACUCGCUUUUGUGCUGUUAUAUAACAUCUAUCAUGGCUGAGGAAGGUGGAGAUAAAAAAGAAACACAAACUAGUCGUGUUGUUCACACAUAUCCAUUGAUAAGACAUUCUGACAUGGGUGAUGAGAUGAAGACAGAAACUAUGGAACUGUGUGUAACAGCUUGUGAAAAAUUUGCAAACAAUAAUGAGAGUGCUGCAAAAAUGGUGAAAGAAACAAUGGAUAAAAAAUUUGGAGCAUCUUGGCAUGUGGUCGUAGGAGAGGGAAUGGGGUUUGAAAUCACACAUGAAGUGAAGAACUUGCUCUAUAUGUUCUUUCAAGGAACAAUGGCAAUCGUAGUAUGGAAAUGUUCAUAGUCAUCAUGCGAUGAAAUUAACAUUAUAGAAUGAACUGAACAUUUUAAUGGAAUAAGAUAAUUCCAUUUGUAUGUAACAGAGGAGUACGUAUAUACAUGUAUAGAGUCAUUUGACACUUGAAAGAAGAUUGGGAUGUAUAUAGUGUAAAAAUGUUUAUAUAAUAUGCCAUUUUUAGAUUCAAAUGAGAAUGGCCAUGCAUUAAAAGUACUAUACAAUGUACAUGUACAUAAUUCAACCCUGGACUUUAUCUAUGUAUGAACAUUGACAUUUAGAAAGUUAUAUACACUGUAGGAAUAAAAAUACUUUUAAAUCCAACCAAUAAACAUUCAUCCAGAACAUAAACAGGGGACAGAAACGUGUCCAGUAUUUUUGUCUGGUACAACCGGAAAUACUUGAUGCAGACCUCCAUUUUUGAUCAAGAGAGAGUGUGCUUUUAAUCUGUGAUCUGUGAUAGUUUUACAGUGUUUCAUUACUUAGCAACAGGCUCAUCAAAUUCUGAGUGUAUUGAAGAGCAUACAGUUCUUAUAAAAUGACAGCCAUCAAUCUAGUUUUUCUGUAAUGUGGGGUUAAGCACGGAAAUAUUUUGAUUUUUCUCAGGAAAUACACUAAUCGUGUUAUAUUUCUUUUUAUUAACCCUUUAAUAGACGAUAUAUGUCAUUUUUUACAAUGCUAAAAUAUUAUAGCUAUAUCCCAAAUUAAUUAAGAG